AUGAACUCUGCUGCCACGGUGCCUUCAACAGGCCAAUGGCCGCCACGGAGGCCAUCCAAGAGAAAUAAGCUACGCAACGGCACAUUCAUCAUCCCGGCGACGGGCGAGCGCUCGCGGCGCGUCUUCACGCUGCGUUCCGCCCCUUCCGACCAGACCGACGGCACCAACGGCUCGACCAUCCUCCCCGUCUCGUCGGGCCAGUCCGUGUCCGACCGAGGGCGCGCCGCCGCGCACAACGUUCGGGCUGCCGGCGCAAAGCUCUUGACUUGGCUGGACACGCCCACGGGCCAUGGCGUGCUCAAGUGCACGCUGGCUUACACGCUGGCCAGUCUGGCCACCUUUUGGUCGCCGCUCUCCGACUUCCUAGGCAAGCCCGACGGCAAGCACAUGGUUGCCACGCUCACGGUGUACUUCCACCCCGCUAGGUCCGCGGGCUCCAUGAUCGAGGCCAUACUUUGUGCUAGUGUCGCCGUCGCCUACGCCGAGGCCGUCUCGAUCCUGUCCAUGUGCACCUCGGUCCUGUUUGGCAGUGUCCUGGAGAUGGUGCCCCUUGCCCACGCAUUGGUCCUGGCUGUGUUUAUUGGAGGAGGCUUCGGUUUUAUGGGAUGGGCCAAGCAGAAGAUGAACAACCCGCUGGUCGAUGUCGGCAGCACUCUGGCCUCCCUGGCCGUCAUUGGCGUUGUCACCAAGGAGACGGCCGUCUUUUCCAAUGUCUUUUCAAACCAAAAGAUUGUCCAGAUUUUCAAAAUGCUCGUCAUGGGCAUUACAACCACCACUACCGUCAACCUACUGGUCUGGCGAGUUUCUGCCGUGGACCUGCUGCGCCAGUCUAUGACAAAGGCCUCUACGUCCCUGGGAGACAUGCUCGCCAUGAUUACCCGCGGCUUUCUCAGCGGAUCCGAAGACGAUCUCCUGUCGUCUGAAUUUGCCGCCGCGUCGUCGGCUUAUACCGCUGUGUACCCUCAACUGGCUAAGAACCUCCGCGAGGCAAAGUUUGAACGCUAUUUUCUCGGCCGUGAGAGGCUGUACCGGCUUGACAGAGCUGUCGUCAGGUCCAUGGAGACCCUGGCCCAGUCGAUCGGCGGGCUGAGAAGCGCCGCCAAUACCCAGUUUGCGCUGCUUAAGGAAUCCACUGAUCCCCAGUCUGUCUUGCUCUCCCCAGGCGCGUCCAUGUCAUCUUCAGCAAUGCAGCGAUCACCAAACAUGCCCAAGAGCGGUGGCAAGGACCGAUUCUUUGUUUUGUCGUCGAUUGACGAGCUGUCUGAAGACAGCAACGACGAUGAACGGUCUCGCCUCAAUAAAAAGCCUGCGCCAGUUGAUGGACCAGCCGCAAGCGUCCCGACUUUCCACAACCCGUCUGACAUCUUUGAGCUCUUUAUCGCUCUGCUAGGGCCUUCGAUGAAGUCGUUGGCUUAUACUCUUUCUGAGGUCCUUCGAGACCCUCCCUUUGGCUCGGCUCCCGAUUACGAAAUAUCGAUUAAUGAUCAUUUCCGCCAGAGCCUCACCGACGCCUUGUCGCUUUUCGACGAGGCGAGAGCAAACGCCCUGCGGGAGCUCUACAAGUCUCUUGAACUAGGCCGAACAAGGUCGGAGCAGAUUCAAGCCGACUUUGAGGAAGUUGCAGCCGCCUGCGGCCACUUCAGUUUCAGUCUACAAGCCUUUGGGGAAGAGAUGCAGAAAUAUCUGGAUGUGUUGGAUGAUCUGAAGCAUGCCAACGAACACAGAACGCGGACCUGGCAGUGGCUUCUGUGGUGGAGGCGCGGGCCCAACGACGGUCGAAAGCUUCCGGCUCUGCCAUACGACCCCGAAGAGCAAGAGAGCUUGAUAAAGCCCAUCAAGAAGAGCGCAAUUCCCAGGGGAAUCUCGGACUCCAUGGUUGCGCGACGGGACACGUAUAGCUGGGAGGCCACACCGCAGACCAGCAAGGUUGUCGCAACUGUCUCUCAGAGGCUCCUCCGCCUGCUGAGGAAGUUGGCUAGGGAUGAUAUACGCUUCGGUCUGAAGGUUGGCAUAGGAGCCACUCUCUGGGCCAGUUUCGCGUUCAUCCCCCAAACCAGAGAAACUUACCGGCACUGGAGGGGCGAGUGGGGGCUCUUGUCCUUUAUGAUUGUCUGCUCCAUGACAGUAGGCGCAUCCAACACGACGGGAUUGGCUAGGUUCGUGGGCACCUUGAUCGGUGUUGGAGCCUCGGGCUUGAACUGGACCAUCACACAGGGCAAUGCGGUCGGCCUCGUCUUCUUGGGCUGGUUUGUGGCCUUCUGGAGCUUCUGGAUGAUAGUAGCGCGUGGAAUGGCGCCAUUGGGUCGCAUAACGCUGCUCGCCUACAACGUGUCGACCCUGUACGCCUACAGUCUAUCCCAGUCUGUCGAGGACGAUGAUGAUGACGAGGGCGGCACGCACCCUAUCAUCCGCGAGAUUAUCCUCCAUCGUUUCGUGGCGGUAACAGCAGGUAUCCUCUGGGGAUUGAUUGUCUGCCGCGUGAUUUGGCCCAUCUCUGCACGCAAGAAGUUCAAGCAAGGCCUCAGCAUGCUGUAUCUACAGAUGGGACUGAUCUGGAAACGCGGGCCGCUAGCGAUACUAUUGCGCAGCGAUUGCACUCGCUCUUACCUGCGCUCCGGCGAGCAAGCCGCGCUCCAAAAGUAUGCGGCACGGCUCGACGUCCUCCGCGGCAGCGCGGCGUCCGAGUUCCAGCUCCGUGGCCCGUUUCCCUCGGAGCAGUGCGCCCGCCUCAUGCGAUGCACCCACCGUCUCCUCGAUUCCUUCUACGCCAUGUCCCUCGUCACGCAGCGUAAGGGCCACUUGACUGAGGGCGAGCGGGCCCUGCUGCUCUUUACAGCCGACGAGCGCCAGCAGCUCUGCGACCGCAUCUGCCACGUGUAUCAGGUCCUCGCCUCGUCUCUAAUGCUCGAGUACCCGCUCACAGACGCCCUGCCGAGCGUGACCGGGAUGCGGGAUAGACUUCUUGGCAAGAUUUUCCAGUUUCGGAAAGAGCACGCCCCUCCGUUGGACACUGCGGGCCCGGGACCCACCAUCAACGACAAGCUGGGCGGGCUGAUGCAGGUCAAUGUCCAGGAGCGCGACUACGCUCUCCUCUAUGCGUAUGCCCUCGUCACGGGACAGGUGGCCGAGGAGCUCAAGGUGGUUGCCAGGGAGAUUGAAGACCUCUUUGGCGUGUUGGACAUGGAGGCGCUCCUCUUACAAUAG